AUGCCCUCCCUCCGCCAGCUGCUCGCCUCCACCCUGGGGUGCGCCGCCGCCGUCACCGCUACCGGCAUUAACGACUUCUCCUGCCAAAGCGACCACAACCCCGUCGUGCUCCUCCACGGCCUCGGCGCCACUUACUAUGAAGACCUGAACUUCCUGCAAUACUGGCUGCAGAAGGAGGGCUACUGCACCUACUCCCAGACCUAUGGCGCCUACGACGGCUUCCCGUUCGUCGGUGGCCUCAAGCCCAUCAACGAGUCCGCCCCGGAGAUCGCCGCGUACAUCAAGGAGGUAACGGAGAAGACGGGCAAAGACAAGGUCGACCUGGUCGGGCACUCUGAGGGCGCCUUCCAGAGCCUGUACGUCCCCAAAUUCGAAGGCGUCGCCCACCUCGUCGACAAGAUCGCAGCGAUCGCCCCGCCAACGCAUGCGACCUCCUUUGCCGGCCUGUACAAGCUCGCCUACCUGUUCGGCAACUCCACCCGCGAGGCCGUCGGCGAUGUUUUGCACGCGCUGGGCUGCGGGGCCUGCGACGAUCUCGGUCUGGAUGGUGCGGCGGUUGAGCGGCUGAAUGAUGGGAAGCCCAUUGUGCAGGAGGGGAAUAAGGUGACUAUCAUUGCGUCGAAGUACGAUGAGCUCGUUACUCCGCCGACGACUUCGUUUGUGCAUGAGGAUGGUGUCCAGAAUUGGUGGAUUCAGGAUACCUGCCCUUUUGAUCCUGUUGGUCACAUUGGGGAGGCGUAUGAUCUUAAUGUGUGGAAUUUGGUGAAGAACGUGCUCGAUGAGACGCCGGAUCGCAAGUUUGUUUGUUUGAUUGGGUCGCCGGGGAAGUAG